GCAUAUGCUCGCGCAGACUCUCACCGAGGACUGACCUUGUCUGCAGUAUACGGUUCUCAUCCUUCUCCGCGCCUUGUCGGAGAUACACAUAGCAGAAGAGAGCCAUCCCUACUGCCACUUCAUCACUGUUGCUACCUGGCACUUCCCAUCUCGGCUAGGCUGCAAACAUGUCGCAAUUUUCAGCCCCAAGGGAAGCCGAUAUGGGACAGCAUCUCGUCAUCAAGGCCCGCAACCUGACCUUGGUCACGUCCAGUCACACCACGACGCUGUUACCGCAUGCAUCAUCUUCUUUACCUUUGUCGCCGCCGGUCGCCGAGAGUGGCGAUACUACCCCACGGGAGCCGGUCUCAAGAACGGUCACCACUCUUGAUGCCCAACCAGGUGCAUUAGCUGUGGGCUCUUCAGACUCCGACCACCUGGAAAACCGCUCUGGAAUGCUUUAUGACGGAAUGCAGCCAGCCGCGGAUCAAGAUGCGCAAGUUUCAUUGCUGUCGCCGGGCACGGCGGCUUCACCAUCACCAUCAAGACCGUCUCUAUCUACGCCUAAUGCGUCAUCUACCACUGCACAAAAGCCUCACAGGGAAAGGAUAGUAGAUGCCAUGGUGGCGAGAGGCUCGACCCUGCUGCGCUGGGGUUGGGAUUUCCUGACUUUCGAUGGCCUGCCUAAUGAAAUCUUGACGCAUAUACUGAGUUUUUUAGAUGUGAACGAUCUACUAGCCAUGUCAAGGAUUAACCAUCACUUCAGGACUCUGUCCUUACACCCCAUCUUACACACUCUUCGCCUCCGGCGCGCCCGCUUAUCACUUCCGUCCCUCUUAACUUCACCCUCGCGACCUACUCUCGCGGAGCUUAUCUCCCGCCACAUUUUCUUAACACAUACAACACAGAUCUCGCGGCGGCUAGCGCGCAGCCUCGUGUCAAUCCGGCUGUCGCGCCGCUUACCGCUACGGCCUUCUGCUGAAUCUCUGGUACAGCGCGGUGUGCUUCCACCAGAAGCUGUACAGAGCAGUGUGGCACCUGGUCUUAUUGCGAAGAAGCGUGCUGUUGAGAAGGAGAAGCUGAAGGACGGUCUCCGGCGUUGGGUCGGGGCUGUCUGGCGCGGUGAGGUGCGGGAAAGGAGCGAAGGGGUUAGGCAAUGGGAAGAGCGUGCCGGCGUUGGGAGGGUGUGGCGGCUAAGGAAGUUCUGGGAACGCGUAGGGAGAGACAGUGAUGGCGUGUCGGGCGUGGGAUAGGGCGCCUGAUUUAUCUACCCGUCUCAAGGCGAGAGCUUACCGAUGAGGAGUUUCACUGGCGUGUCGGGUUCAAGAGGUAUUUUAAGGGAUACCGAAACGCAAAUGCGACUAUAUUUAAGUGAUGCAGCUUACUGUCUAGGUGUUCCGGGGAUAUCUUUGUUGGGUUUCAUUUUUGGGGGGAGUUUCCAUCUCCCUUGUUGUACAAUACUACGUGUAUGUACAUCAAUAUAAGAAGCAA